GAAGAUGUCAAAAUUAUGAAAGACAUGGGAUUAGAUGCUUACAGAUUUUCGAUAUCAUGGUCCAGAAUAUUGCCUAGUGGAAAAUUAAACGGCGGUUUAAACAUGGAGGGUAUUCAAUAUUAUAAUAACCUUUUAACUGAGUUAUUUGAUAAAGGUUUAGUACCCUUUGUCACUUUGUUCCAUUGGGAUCUUCCUCAAGCUUUAGAAGAUGAAUAUGGUGGAUUCUUAAGCCCUAAUAUUGUGACAGAUUUCCAAGACUAUGCUGAUAUUUGUUUUCGAGAAUUUGGAGACCGGGUAAAGUAUUGGAUCACACUUAACGAGCCAUGGUCAUAUAGUUAUGCUGGUUAUGCAACCGGAAAUUUAGCACCAGGGCGUUGUUCGCCUUCGAUAUAUAUAAAUUGCACUGGUGGGGAUUCUUCAACCGAGCCUUAUUUAGUAACGCACCACCAACUAUUGGCUCAUGCAGCAGCAGUAGAGUUAUAUCGAGAUAAAUAUCAGGCACAUCAGAAGGGUAAGAUUGGUAUUACACUAGUAGCCCAAUGGACUGUUCCUUACUCAGAAUCAAGGCAUGAUCAAAAUGCCGCAUUAAGAUAUCUUGAUUUCAUGGUUGGAUGGUUUGUGGAUCCGUUAACUAGCGGUGUCUAUCCACGAACAAUGCGAUUUCUUGUUGGCCAAAGACUUCCCAAUUUCACAAAAGAACAAUCUGAUAUGCUAAAAGGAUCGUUUGAUUUUCUUGGAUUGAAUUAUUACACAGCUAACUACGCAAGAGAUGUAGGCAACCAUAAGCAUAAUGUUCAUCCGAGCUAUUUAUCCGAUCCUCUCGUAAACCUUCUAACUAAACGCAAUGGGAAAUUAAUUGGUCCACAGGCUGCUUCGAGUUGGCUCUUUGUGUAUCCACGAGGAAUUCGGGACAUUCUUCUCUAUGUGAAAAACAAGUAUAACAAUCCACUCAUUUACAUCACUGAAAAUGGAGUGGAUGAGGUAAAUAAUGGUACUCUUUCUUUAGAAGAGGCCUUAGUUGAUAACAUGAGGAUUGAUUAUUAUUAUCAACAUCUCUUGUUCCUCAACCAAGCUAUCGAGGAUGGUGUAAAUGUGAAGGGUUAUUUUGCAUGGUCGUUGUUGGAUAAUUUUGAAUGGAGUUCAGGUUAUACGGUUCGAUUUGGAAUCUAUUUUAUAGACUAUAAGGAUGGAUUGAAAAGACAUCCAAAACGUUCUGCUCAAUGGUUCAAGAAUUUUCUUGGAGGAAAGAAGAAGAUGUGA